AACCGCACCAUACAAACAGCAGGAAAGCUCGUUCCUGCCUGCGGCCUGCCUGUCUGCCUUCCUUGCGCCGCGCCUCGCUCGGCGGCGAAAGCCAAUAUACAUACAGAUACAGGCAGCAAAGCGAGCAGUUCGCCGCGUGUCCACCCUUCCUGCCUUCCCCGCCUUAGCCUCUCCGGCCGGGACCCACUGUACUACGCUACGUUCUUCGCGACUCGCGAAAGAUUCCUGCCUUGUGCUGUUCAUCCUCGUGACCCUCGUGUGUACCUGCGGUGGCCUGCCGGGCGAAGGAGAUGAGCGAUGAUGCCCCCGGCGGCGGCGGCGGCAGUGGCGGCGGGGCGGCCGAGCCGCUGCUGAAGAAGGCGAGGUACCACCCCAACUGCCCCGGGUGCAGGGUGGACAGGAGGAAGGAGGAGAGGGAGGGGUUCCCCUUCACGGAGCUCUCCUGCAUGUGGCUCGUCACCAUCUGCUCCACUUUGCCGAUACAGUCCUUGUUUCCCUUCUUGUAUUUUAUGAUAAGGGACCUGCACAUCGCUAAAGAAGAAGAAGAUAUUGGAUUUUAUGCUGGUUUUGUUGGUGCUUCAUAUAUGUGUGGCAGAGCACUCUCAUCUGUAAUAUGGGGAGUUGUGGCUGAUAAGUACGGGAGGAAACCAGUUCUUGUAAUUACCCUAUUUUCAGUAAUUAUCUUCAAUACACUCUUUGGACUCAGCUCAAGUUAUUGGAUGGCAUUAGCCACAAGAGGUCUGCUUGGACUUUUUUCUGGUAUGCUCGGACCAAUUAAGGCUUAUGCUACAGAAGUUUCCCGGAAAGAACACAGUCACCUGGCAUUAUCACUUAUUUCCUCCUCACGUGGCAUAGGCCUUAUUGUUGGACCAGCCAUUGGUGGUUAUCUUGCACAGCCUGCAGAUAAAUAUCCAGGCAUAUUCUCUCAGAACUCCAUAUUUGGGAGGUUUCCAUAUUUUCUCCCCUGCCUAUGCAUAUCACUCCUUGCCAUUGCUGCUUUAAUUGCUUGCUUCUGGCUUCCGGAAACUUUGCAUAAACACAAAGAUACGAUUUCAAAUAAUUCAGUUGAAGCUGCUGAAGAAUCUCUUUCCGAUCCAAAUGCUGAAGAAAACUGUGGUGGAUGUCUCAGUUUAUUCACAAACGGCCCAUUGAUUUCCGCUAUCACUGUAUAUUGCAUUUUCUCUCUUCAGGACAUGGCUUAUGCAGAGGUAUUUUCACUUUGGGCUGUCAGUGACAGGAAAUAUGGUGGAUUAAGCUUUUCUUCUCAAGAUGUGGGCAGCAUUCUUGCAACCUCAGGUCUCUUCCUCCUAAUAUAUCAAAUUUUGAUUUUUCCGUCGGUUGCGAAGUCUAUAGAACCCAUCGCAUUAGUCCGAACAAUUGCAAUAUUGACAAUACCACUUCUUUCGAGCUAUUCAUUCAUGCCUGCAUUAUCGGGGUUCUUUCUUCAGUUGGUAGUAAAUUGUGCAUCUUUUCUGAAGAAUGCUUUCUCAGUAACUACCAUCACUGUGUUUAACAUUUUAAUGAAUGAUGCUGUGAGUCAAGACCUAAGAGCUUCGGCCAAUGGCCUCUCCGUAACAUUAAUGUCCAUCUUCAAAGCUAUUGCUCCAGCUAUUGCCGGUGUUAUAUUCUCAUGGGCUCAAAGGCGUCAAACAGCUCCAUUUCUUCCAGGCGACCACUUGGUGUUUUUCAUGCUGAACGUGGUCACGCUUGUCGGUAUUACUCUCACUUUCAGACCGUUCUUUGCUAGAAGCAGCACGAAGCACUAAUACAGGCUACCAUGACUUCGAAUUACGAUCUGGACGAACAUUAACCAGGAUUUAUCAAAUACUCCAGUGUCUUAAUCUUGCUCCCUUAAGCUUAAUUAGCGAUUUAGCGUAUUUGUUGUACGCCGCAGACUAUUAGUACUGUUUAUGCUGAAAGGGCUGUAUCUGCGUAUUUGACUGUUCGAUAAUCUAUAAUCUUGUUUCCCAUG